AUGGCGUCGCGGCUCGCGCGGACGCGCGUUAAAAAUACGCCGCGUCGAUGGCGCGCGUCGUCGGCGGCGCGCGCGGCGACGCGCGGGCGCGGACGACGCGCGACGUCGUUCGCGCCGCUCGAAAUAUCUGCAGCUUCGCGCGGCGCGGCGCGAGCGGCGCGCGGCGCGGCGCGAGCGGCGCGCGCGCGCGGGCGUCGGGUCGUCGUCGUGCCGGGAUUUUUGACCGGGAGCGACGCGUACGAGGGCGUCGCGCGCGCGCUGGCGCGAGCGAUCGGGGACGACGCGCGCGUGCGCGUCGCGCCGGUGAAGCGAGAGAUGUGGUUCGGGACGCUGCGCGGCGGUUCGUUCGAGGAGAUUUUAGACGUCGUCGACGCGUGCGCGCGAGAGGCGGCGAGGGAUGGCGGUGAGAGGGUGUGCUUGGUCGGACACAGCGCGGGAGGGUGGUUGGGGCGGUUGUAUUUGGGCGACGCGCGGGCGUAUCGCGGCGAAGCGCCGUACGACGGCGCGCGAUUCGUGGACGCGUUGAUCACGCUCGGCGCGCCGCACGGGAGCUUGGAGAAGUAUCCGUUCGGGUCGUCGCUCGCGUUUACGAAUUAUUAUUAUCCGGGCGCGUAUCGCGCCGACGUGCGAUACGUCGACGUCGUCGGUGAUUACGCCCGCGGCUCGGCGAAUUUCGAGCUCUUUGACGCGCUGUGCGAUAGGAGUGACACCAAGCGACCGCUCGUCGAUCGCGUGCGCGCCGCUUGGGAAGCGUUCACGAUCGGAGUUUCGUACGCCGCCAACUGCGGAAGAGCCGACGUCCGCGGCGACGGCGUCACCCCGAUCGACACCGCCCACGCCCUGACGGGCUCUGAACACGUCAUCUUGCCCGGCGUGUACCACGGCCCGACGAAACCGACUCGUUGGUACGGCGCCGAUUCCGUCGUUGAACUGUGGUAUCCGUACUGUUUGUAA